GCCUGCGCGAACGGGAACAAAAGACGAAGAAAUCUGCCAGUUGCAGUCCAUCGCCCUUACGACCUGAGUGCUUGUCGUACGCUCCUGGUCUGCGAGUUCGCCAUGGCGCCCAGUUUCGAUACCCUGUCCGAGCAGGACCUCCAGCACGAGGAGGAGGAGGAAGAAAUCGACUUUUCUGAUCUCAAGGCGCAAUAUGAAGUCAAGUUGGAGGAGGGUCUGGAUACCUUCGUUGUCGUCGAUGGACUGCCCGUUGUGCCGGCGGAGAGCAAACAAAAGCUCAUUAAGUUCUUGCUGAAGAAACUCAACACUGUCGGACACACGAGCGAAGAUGCCAUCUUCAUGCCGCUCAACGAGAAGAACAUGUCGGAGGGAUUUGCGUUCGUUGAAUAUGAUACCCCCGAACAGGCAGUGGCCGCAGUGAAGCACCUGCACGGUGUCCCGCUGGACAAGAAACACACAAUCGCCGUCAACAAGCUGACAGAUAUCGACCGCUACGGCCGCGAAGGACGGAUCGACGAGGAAUACAAGCCACCCCACAUCGAGCCUUUCAAGGAGAAGGAGCAUCUGCGCUGGUGGCUGGCUGAUCCCUCUGCCCGGGACCAGUUUGCUCUCUACCGUGGAGAUAAGGUUGGCGUCUACUGGAACAUGAAGAAUAACCCUCCGGAGCCUGUUGUCGACCGACCUCACUGGACCCAGCUCUUUGUGCAGUGGUCCCCUCAAGGAACGUUCCUUGCUUCCAUUCACCCGCAGGGUGUCCAGCUUUGGGGCGGUCCCUCGUUCUCCAAGCAGAAGCAGUUCCCGCACCCCUUCGUCUCACUCAUUGAGUUCUCGCCUCUGGAAGGAUAUCUGACCACCUGGUCAGCUCGUCCCAUUCAGGUUGAUGAGUCGCAGCCGGCUGGUCCUCUGACCUUCGAGGAGGAUGGAAAGAACAUCAUCAUCUGGGAUAUUGUUUCCGGGAAGCCGUUGAGAUCGUUCGUCUCUCACGAUCUGGCCGGUCCCGAUGGCCCCGAUGCAGCCGUUCCUAAGAAGAAGGUUCAGUGGCCUGCCUUCAAGUGGUCCGCAGAUGAGAAGUAUGUUGCAAGGCUGCUGCAGGGCCAGUCCAUUUCUAUCUACGAGGCACCCAGAAUGAACCUGCUGGGCAAGACUUCCGUCAAGAUCGAAGGAGUCAUGGACUUUGAGUGGUCGCCUGCCACGCCCCAGCGUGAGGGUGUCAAGCAGUACGAGCAGCUGCUUGCAUUCUGGACUCCUGAAAUCGGCAGCAACCCUGCCAGAGUCGGUCUUAUGAGCGUCCCAUCGAAGGAGAUUGUCAGAACCAGAAAUCUGUUCAAUGUCUCCGACGUUAAGCUUCACUGGCAGUCUCAGGGUACCUACGUCUGCGUUAAGGUUGACCGUCACUCCAAGUCUAAGAAAUCCAUGGCUACGAACUUGGAAAUUUUCCGUGUCAAGGAAAAGGGUGUUCCUGUGGAGGUUGUGGACAGUUUGAAGGAUGCGGUUAUCAACUUCGCCUGGGAGCCUAAGGGCGACCGUUUCGUCUUGAUCACCACCGGAGAGGCCGUCGCUGGCUCUGGUGUCGCCCCUAAGACGUCCGUUUCGUUCUUCGCCCCCGAGAAGGUUAAGGGUGCUGGUAUUGGCAGCUUCCGACUUGCCCGCACCGUUGAGAAGAAGACCAGCAACGCCAUCUACUGGUCACCGAAGGGACGUUUCGUCGUGGUGGCCACAGUUCACUCGCAGCAGAACUUUGAUCUCGACUUCUGGGAUCUGGACUUUGAAGGCGAGAAGACGGAGACCGAGAAGGGAGAGAAAGAACUGAACGCCAACAUUCAGCUGAUGAAGACUGUUGAGCACUACGGUGUUACGGAUAUCGACUGGGACCCUACCGGCCGCUACGUCGUCAGCAGUGCUAGUGUCUGGACUCACCAGAUGGAAAACGGCUGGAAUCUUCACACGUUCUCCGGUACCACCUUGUCCGAGAACCCGACAGAGAAAUUCAAGCAGUUCGUCUGGCGCCCACGGCCACCGACUCUCCUUAGCAAGGAGGAGCAGAAGCAGGUCCGCAAGAACCUCCGUGAGUACUCGCGCGAGUUCGACGAGGAGGACAAGUACGCCGUCGAUAUCGCCAACACAGAAAUUGUCGAGAAGCGGAAGCGCGUCCUCAACGAAUGGACAGCCUGGAUUCGUCGGGAGAAGGAGCUUCUCGCAGAAGAGAGGAAGGCCAUGGGUCUUCCCGCCGAGGGCGAGGAUGCAGAGCUCGCCAAACCUACGGCUCCCGCCGCAGAGGACAAGGGCGAUGCCAUCGUCGAGGAGAUUGUCGAGGAGAUCAUCGAAGAGACCGAGGAGGUUAUUGGUUGAAGAGAUGCAGAUAUUACGUGCUGAUCCAACGACUCCUCCACCUCGAAUAGGUCCCUCCAUCCACUCCACUUUAUCGCCUCGAUUUCCUGCGUCUACCGCAGCACGAGGUUCCUGCUCUACUUUUCUCUUUGUCACUUUGCUGGAGACAUGGUCUUUGAAUGUUUGGGUCCCGGCUUUCUAAAAUAGAGAGUAUAUGUACUUCAUUUAGCCAGGUGUGGAUUUCACAUGAGCGACGUGGGCGUGGCACGAGAGAUGAUAGGACGCUUCCCGGGGCGUAUAGCUCGUACAUGGGCCUGGAGAUGCAUUAAUGACAUUUUACAAGUAUACAUCGUUCUUCUGCUCAAUCUUUGUAGCUUUGAGAAAACACAAAAGUUCAGCAUCAUAUGCCAU